AUGUCAUCUAAACGAAAAUCGCCACCGUCAAAAUUGCAAGAAGGCGCAGCCGACACAGAGAAACCCGAAGCCGGUCCAGCUAACUUAGAAUAUUCCGAUCACCACGAGUCAGACGAAAACGAACAACAAAAUUACUACAAGUUCUCGCCUAGCACCUCGACAAGAAGCUCCAUAAGUGAAGAAGACCCUUCGAAUUUCGAGGACGAACGCCCCACCAAGAAGCAACGUUUCGAACAAUCAUUAGACAUGACAAACAAUCUUCUAGUCCCAUCAUCUUUCCUUGGCCUGCACCAAGUUAAUGAUCUGCAAACGAGAAGACGCGGCUCUUCUGAAUGCAGCAGCCCCGGUUCCGAUGCUAAAGUGUUAGGUCUUUGCAAUAAUAACAAUUCAUUACUAAAUCAUAACAGCGCGUUGUCGUUCGCACCACCUCACAAGCGGUCGAUGGACGAUGUUCUGAAGAGAUUAACGUCUAAAAUGAAUAACAGUACGAUUAAAGAAGAGAAGCGGCCUACGCCGUCUACCACGCCGGUGAAACAGAACAAUGAGCGACGGGGCGUGUUGGAUGCGGCAGCUUUACAAGCCCUGGCUGGCGAGAGUGUAUUAGAGAAGGAGCGGCAGCUAUCAGAAAUGAUCCUGCAACUACAGAUGGUCAGAGAACAACUGUUAGCGCAACAAGAACAUGCAAAGAACAUGGGAAACGUAUCAGCGGAAUUGGAGCUGCAGAGAUUACAACAGGAGCACCUCCGACGACAGGAGUUAGUACGGCGCGGUCAGCACGGACUAUAUUCUGGCCACCCACUCGGUUUGUUGCCUCUGUUAGAACAGAUGCGACCACAGCAACCGCAAGCACCAACUAACGUUGUUCAAGCUUCACCCUGGCCAGCGACAGCUCAGUUGGCCCAAUUAACGGCGACCGCCCGCUCCCCACCACCUGACCCGGACGCACCCUUAAACCUCAGCAAACAGCGGUCACCAUCACCAGCGCAGUCAUCCAUCAUGCUGCCCCGGUUCGUUCCAUACCCACCAAUGGAAGAGAAUCCGCAGUACAGCAUGCAGAAGGAAGAUGAAUAUAACGCUUCUUGCAACACGUCUUCUUGGGGCCAGUCUCCUCCGGAAGAAGCAGAAAAAGCUAAACUGAUACGCCAACCGAAACGAGACGAGUCGGGCAAACCUCACAUCAAGAGACCAAUGAACGCUUUCAUGGUUUGGGCGAAAGACGAACGGCGAAAGAUCCUGAAAGCGUGUCCAGACAUGCACAACUCCAAUAUAUCCAAGAUUCUAGGAGCCAGGUGGAAAGCUAUGUCAAACGCCGAGAAACAGCCAUAUUAUGAGGAACAAUCGAGACUAUCCAAGUUACAUAUGGAGAAGCACCCAGAUUACAGGUACCGCCCAAGGCCGAAAAGAACUUGCAUAGUAGAUGGUAAAAAGAUGCGAAUAUCUGAAUACAAGAAUCUCAUGCGAACUCGCAGGCAAGAAAUGCGACAAUUGUGGUGUCGAGACGGCGGCAGCGAACUAGGUUUCCUUCCCACUCUCCCAUCCCCAGGUCCCUCUAACACUUCUCCGCCUCCAAAUGGAGGGAACUACAUGAAUCCAGCAUUUUCACCCCCAUUAUCGCCCAGAGAGGAAGAUUGA